GAGAUGCCGUCGCAAGGAUAGAAAAGGAUUGGACGCGGGAAAAUGGCGUGCCGAUACGAAACGGACAGCCGAGCACCACCGUUUGCUGGACAUUUUUGUUUCGGGGGGAAACUUUCUUCUGUUACCAUUCACCAUUACCAAGGCUUAGGAUAACGCUUAAACGCAAGCAUGAGAGGUCGACCGCGCCCCGAUGUGCUUUCCAAAACGCGACCAACAAGAACGGAACAAGCGUUCCACAUUUCUUUGGAACUGUACACGGACGCUCGACACGGUAGCUCUUGGACGAGUGAAUGGAUGAGAUUUUAGAUGGGUGGUUAAGGGUUGGAAAAUUGACUCCAUCCCUUAUUAAUUAGAGUUGUAACAUCUCCUCUCAAAGGAGGAGAAUUGGUAUUCACAGAAUAUCAACUCGAAGAAUUUCCAUAAAAAUGAUUCACCUACUUUCGCCAUUGAUAUGAUAUUUCAGACAUUGCCAAUAAUCCAUCCGCAGCAAGUUUGAAAAAAGAAACUUAGAAGGGUGCAAGGGCAUCCAGUGCUGAAAUAUCAUCGGAUCGUAUCUUCUUCCCGUCUCGAUUAGAAACGUACGUUUCACUGAAUUAAUAUAAUUUUUUUUCUUCUCUCACGUUCACGGCGUUACGGUCCACAUAUACGAAAUCCACGCGCGGGUAGGUGUGUCGUUAAAGUAAAAAGCGCAGGCGGCCGCUUCAAUUAACUCAUUCACGCGAUGGACUUUCUUGCCGGAGCGGCGGUCGUUACUCUUUCUCAGAUGGAAAACGCCUAUGAAAGUCAUCGGAUGCUGAUGUAUUCGAUUUUCAAAAGCGUACUUCGAUCGAAAAACAUCCAGAGUAGCCACUGGGUGAAAGUGAUCGCUUCGAAAGUAAUGAUUAGGCUCGUGAAUUAUUUGCAUAAACAUUAAUGGAAAAUCGCACGAACUUGAGAUUUUAUUAGGUUCCAGUGAAAGAAUCGGCAAUUCUUUUGAUACAGAGUCAACUAAACUUUCUUUUCAGCGAUAGAAUAUUAUUUUGAAGUAUGUGGUCGCUUAUCAGAAGUACGAUAGUGUGAUACCAGUGAAACUUGGCGGAUAAAUAAAGUCAACUUACGAUUUGUAACGUUAUAAAUGCUCGCUUUCUAACCCUACCACGGGAACCUUGCUCCUUCUUUUCGUAUCACGAGCUUGGGUCUCGAGAGGUGUUUAUCGAACGCAUAACCGUAGACCUACCGGGUUCAAUGCACACUUAUCUUGCCGAUAGACGUAUCUAAAUGUCAGAAUUGUUCGAAUUGAUCCCGACACUUUCUAUCGCCCUGGUAAAUAACAAAGUGUCAAGAAUCGCUGGAAACGCAAUAAGAAUAGAGAACAAGCUUAAAGCAUCCGCUCCGAGGUACUUCCUUCCGGAUUUCACGACGCGGCAGUGACCGCAAUUGGGUUAAUUGCGGCUUGUUAUACGAAGAAAAACGGAAGAGUAUAAAUGAAAGUUGAGAGAGAAAAAAAGGUGUUCAUAAAUUUUGGAAUUUCAUACAAUUUUGAAGAAAAAAGAAAUUCUAAAUACCAUUAAUAUUAUAUUAAUUUUCUAAGGUACUAAAUGAGAAGAUUACAUUAUAAAAUGAAACGAUGAUAAUUUAUUUAUACUUCGACGUUUAAGCGUUAAUUACGCUAAUUAAGAUUUAAUGAUAUAAUUUGCAUUCUAAUGUUUUCAAAUUUUCCGAUCACUGAAUUCUCAUUUUAGACGAACACGCGAUAGCAAUCUUCCCACGAACGCGAUCAAGUUCACUCUUCCGCUGUUGAACGACUAAAAGGAACGGAUUGAUGAGGAAUCGAAUUCAGCGAGCCAAGUUCGAAUGGAAUUCUUCUCGUAGAGAGAGUUCACUGUCACGGUCCCGUGAUCCGCUAGGAAAAGGAUAACGAGUUGUUCGUUUUUGUUUUCGCUUCGCCUCCCAUUGGAAUGCUAUCGUACAAUUUUGUACGUUUUACAAGGCUAGGUGAUCGGUUUCCCUUUCUCCUAUCGUCUGGCACGAGCACCGACGAUCGUCUUACAGAUUUCUAGGGAUCCUCCGCGGGAUCCUCCUCCGGGGAGGAAUCGAGUGCUUCGGUUUCGUGAAAGGAAAUAUUACAAAUCGAUCGGUGAAACGGUACUGAAGAAACUAGGAAGAGUUCUUUUUUAUCUGACAAACACUGUUACACUUCGAAGCUUAUUUUAUUUAAAAUCCAGUCGAUCCUUGACGAUUGAAAAAUGCAAGUUUAUUUGUUAUCCUCUCACGAUCUUGAUCUUGCACUUGAUCUCUUUCACUUACGCUCAAGUUCAAGAUCAAGUUCGCAAUAACUGGUACAAUAUUUCUAUCGAUCCUGACUAUAGGAUGCAAGAAUGUUUCAGGAUAUCAAGCCGGGACCGGAAGCGAGCGAAGUCACUUUCAUUAGCAUUUGUCCAGUCGCGUGGGCGUGGAAACGGGUGGAGAACUUUCUUAAUGUGUUCUUCUUGUUUCGGAAUGUUUAUAAAAACGUCCGUUUCUACGUCGUAGAUUAAACGAUCGAACAAAAUUCUCGUAUGCAAAUGUCGCGAAAGCGUCUUCGAAAGAAAUUAAACGAAUCGAAAAUGAAAGAUGCAACUUUCCAGAUAAAAAUCCUUGAAAGGAUCUCGUGAUGCGAUUGUCUGAAGUUACUGCGAACUUUAAAUUACGAUGUUAGACAAUUCAUCGACACACGAUUCGCGAUCAAGGAUUAUCGAUACAAAGUCGAAAGAAAUCGCUACGAUUUCUCUACGAACCCUGAAGAUCUCAAUAGAAACUCUUCUUACCCAAUGAACGAAUCGUCUGCAGAAUCCAUAGAAAACGAGAGUGACUCGAAUAAAAUACAAAGCCCAAAGAAAUCUCUACGAUUCCUCUUCGAGUACCAAAUACAAUAAUCCCUGAAAUCUCAGUAGAAACUUUUCUUACCCAACGAACGAAUCUAUGGAAAACGAGAGUGACGCGAAAGAAACAUAGAAAAACGAAUGAAAAACUGUCGUUGUAACUUGGAAGAAGCUCCAUUUUAUCAAGAAAAAUGUUUACACGAUUUGUCCUGUCCCUGGCAUCGAUCUCGUUGCUCCCAGAGCCAGGAGACGAGUGAAACGAAUCGAAGGAGCACCCACCUCGUAUUACGAAGCUGAUCUUGAUCUUGGCCGUUCACCCAGCUUUCAUUAAAACGACCACGAUCACGGGCAGGGAAUUACGGCGUGGCGGUUUGCAGAAAAAGAGGAAACGAAGAAAACGAUAGACGGUGGUGAAGGGUAAGACGGGCCUGCGAUGGAGGGGGUUGCUUGGUCCUCCGCUUUUUGCCACGUCUUCUCUAUUAACGAUACCGUGGCUCCUUUCACGUGCAACGGCAACGGGUGCAAAGGAUUCCCUUUCAUUCUUAUCCAACUCCAAUCACGUACGUGUAUAAAAGCGGCAAGCGUGUACACCACCGACAGCAGAUCAAAACCGUGGCUUAAACCGCCAACUAGAUCGCGAUAGAGGAACGCGGUAGUUGCUCCUCCCGUCUACCAUCGUCUGUCAGAUACUCUGUUCCAGCCCGAACACCAUAGACGAGAGUCCCGAGGGAGCAGCACGAUGACCAAGCUCGCGGCUAUCCUGGUGGUCGCCACGUUGCUCGAGUUGGCAUCGGCAGGAGGACACCAUGGCGGACACGACCAUGUGGUCAUCCACGUACCCUACAAGAUCAAGACCAUCCACCAUACGCAUACCAUAACGAAGCACAUCCACCAUGGCGGCGGAGGUGGGGACAAAUACGAGGUCCUUGGAUAUACCGUGGGACACCCGAUCGAUUUAGGUCACGGCGGAGGAUUCGGAGGUGGUCACGAUCUAGGAGGCGGUGGUGGCCAUGACUUCGGAGGCGGUGGCGACUUUGGCGGCGGUCACAUCGAGUACGGCGGUGGUGGCGGAGGUGGUGGAGGCGGCGGCCAUAUCGAAUACAGCGGCGGCGGUGGCGGAGGCGGCGGCCACAUCGAAUACAGCGGCGGCGGUGACAUAGGUGGAGGCGGUUUCGGUGGCGGCGGAUACGGAGGCGGUGGCCACGAAGACUGGGGUGGCCAUUAAUCGAAUCUCCGUUCCCUGAAGAAACCUGGUAGUUUCUUCUGAAAUAAUGCUUCCUCGAAACGUCUGCCAUUUAUUUGAUCAAAACUGAUACUUCCAACCAAAGACAUACGGAAAUAUUGAAAAUUAGAGAUAUCUACAAAGUUAAUUGCAACGAAUACGUGGAAGAGCCUAAAAUCGAAUCGGUCACGUUUCGAUGAAGCAACCAGCACCCCCCAAUCGCACGACACUUUCACCCUUCACCGAGGGAGAUCGUUUUAGAGAGAUUAGAUAUUUCUUCACUUUGACUGGUGUUUCCCGGGGGGUUGUUGAUCAUCACCCUGCCUUUUACCUCUCGUCCUAGUCUCUCAUCCAUCCGUUGUUAAUCAUCGCUCGUAUCGUUAAUAUGUAAAUAUUGUUACCAGUUUACUAUUGUUUUUAACUAUUUACUUUGUAUCGUUGUCUAACCGCGGUUCGUGUAUAUUAAGUCACGAGAAAGUUCAAUAAAUUGCGUGUGUACCUGAACACUGACC